ACUACAAUUAAGUACAAUUCAUGUGCGCUAUAAUUCACAGACGGAUGUAAUCGAAAGGCUUUUUAUGAAGUUUAUGGAUAAAAUCGAGAGAACACGAGAUGUGGAAGAGAUUCAAAAAGAACAUCAAAUUUUAUUGAGUGAUAUUAUCGGACAAAUGUUUCUCAAGACAGCAGUCAUCAACAAAUGUUUGGAACAAAUCUUUUCGUUUUGUAAUCGAUUGAAGACAUGUUCAGACUCUGAAGAUUUGUUGACCGCUUUGAUUGAGGAUUUCGAGCGAACAAAGAGACAAAUCUAUCACUUGUUGGUAAAUAUAGAAUCUUAUAAAACACAUCAAAUGGUCUCAAAUCUAGUGCUAGAACUCGAGAAGUGUUCAAAACAGCAAAUUAUCUUCAAU